CUUAAAAGCCAUGUUUGAAGGCAUCACCUCAUUUUCCACUUUAGAUUCACAGUCAUGUCAUCUUCCGCCCUAUCAAUCGCCGCCAGAUCCGUUUUCCGGUCCACAUCCACCCGGAAUUCCGCGGCCAGAAUCGCCUCCGAGGCCAAGAAGGCUGCCAGCUCUCCUUUCCGACUCUCGAGCAGAAAUACUCUCUCUCAGCGUAUCUUCAGGUCACCGGCUGAAUUGAGUGCUUGCCUGGAGACAAUGCAACCAUUUCAUACAGCAACUGCUUCGGCAUUAAUGACUUCAAUGCUCUCUCUCUCACGGCAGAGUUACGGUUGGCUUUCCGAAGCUUGCAAAGAUGGUGUAUGAAAUGUCCAAGAGGGUUGGUUCAAGGCAAUGUUCUUUUUGCAGGAUUAGAUGACUCCUGAGACUGAUGGAUAUGAUGAGAUUGAGAAUUUUUUUCUGAUUGCCAUUCAAAAAAAGACUAAUGAUGAUGAUGAUGAUGCAUUUUCUUUUACAUUCCAAUUGAAAUAUGUUGGAUUUGGGCUAUUUCUACUUUUCCUUAUAACAAUUUACAGCUUAGGUUGUGUUAUUUACAUUGCUCAUCGAACUUUUAGGGCUUGAUUGAUACUAGUUUUUUCUCUCGGAAUAAUCCUUCUUUUUUCUAUGUAACAAGCUUGUUACCUUAA